AUGGCCGCUGUCACGCUGCACCUCUCGGCGCCAAGCGCGCGUAUCUUUACAGAAAAGCGCUUUGAACGUGAUGUGCCCACCGCGCUAUUACGUCACAAGCUCGAGAUGAUUACAGGGAUCCCGCCGGCCGCGCAGCGGCUGGCAUUGCUGCCCGUCGGCGCUAGCGCGGAGGCGCCAUGGACACAGGGCAUCAUGGCCGAGACUACGCCGCUGGACGACGAUCUUUGCAUCUUGGACGCAUGGCAGGCGCGGGAUGGUAUGCAACUUCGUGUGCACGAUACACGCAAUGUGACAUGGGACGUCGACGAUGAGACGGUCGAGAAAUUUGAGCUGACCGACGAGCAGUACGCGGCUCGCCACGAUACCCUUCGUGCGUUUAAGCAGGCGCACCAGCUGGGCCGCUUUGCGCCUUCGAGUGCGACAGCAGCGCCAGGACCUACGUACGAGCCGCCUACGCCAGACAUGGUCGUCGGCGCACGCUGCGAAGUAGAUACCGGCGACGGCUUCCCUCGGCGCGGCACGAUUCAGUACGUGGGCAACACGAAAUUCGCCGCGGGCCCCUGGAUCGGUGUGGCCUACGAUGAGCCUGUGGGAAAGAAUGACGGAAGUGUCUAUGGUGUGCGCUACUUUACUACACGCGCGCGGUAUGGUGGCUUUGUUCGGCCUGCUCACGUCCAAGUGGGCGACUAUGCCGAAGAAGAAUGGGAAGUGUAG